AUGUCUGACUCAUUCGGCAACGACGCCCCAGCCGACGCCUGGGGCACCAACGAGCCGCAAGACACUCCGCAGCCGUCGGGUUCAGCACCAGUUGUCUUCGACAAGGAGGCCCUUGCUCAGCGUGCGCGUGAGCAGGGAUGGACGGAGACCACCGCGUACGACUACGAGGCCUUUGAGCGCGAGAUCGGCGAGAUCGGUCCAGAAGUCCCAGAGCUGGAGGCUAUACUCUUUGGCCGCGAGUUCCGCCCCGAGCAGGGCGAGCACAUUGCCCAACUCAAGGAGAUCGAGGUGCACGUCGAGGGACCAGAGAGAAUUGCUCCCAUUGUUCGGUUCACCGACGCUGGCCUUCACCCUGCUGUGCUUGCCAACUGCCAGCGCGCCGGCUACGUCGUCCCAACCCCGAUCCAAGGCUACGCCAUCCCCACCAUCUUGGGAGGCUCCGACGUCGUUGCCAUUGCUCAGACUGGUUCUGGCAAGACUGCCGCGUACCUCGUUCCUAUCCUAUCGAAGCUCAUGGGCAAGGCAAAGAAGUUGUCCGCGCCUCGCCCAGACGUUACCAAGCCAGGCUUUGACAUCCGCUCCCACGGCGUUAGGGCCGAGCCACUUGUCAUCGUCGUCGUUCCGACUCGAGAGCUGGCCAUCCAGAUUUUCGAUGAGGCUCGCCGUAUGUGCUACCGCUCCAUGCUGCGCCCAUGCGUUGCGUAUGGCGGUCUCCCGAUGCAGAUCUGUCGCGAGGAGCUCGGCAAGGGCUGCGAUAUCCUCAUUGCUACUCCAGGUCGCCUGUGCGAUCUCAUGGACAAGCCUGAUCUGCUGUCCAUGAACCGCGUCAAGUUCACCGUCAUUGAUGAGGCCGAUGAGAUGCUCGACCAAGACUGGGAGACUGAGCUGACCAAGAUCAUGGCGGGUGGUGACACCAAUGAGGAUGCCGAUCACCAGUUCAUGAUGUUCUCCGCCACCUUCCCCAAGGGCGCCCGUGAGCUGGCCCGCAAGUUCAUGGCAGAGGAUCACUUCAACAUUCGCGUCGGCCGCGCCGGUCAGACCCACAAGAACAUUCGUCAGAAUAUCGUCUACGUCGAUCAGAACGCGAAGCGCGAGGCCGUUUACGACCUCCUCAUCUCCAUGGAGAAGCCUGGCCGCACCCUCAUUUUCUGCAACUCCAAAGCCGCUGUCGACCUCCUCGACGACUUCCUCUACAACCGCCAGCUACCCACGACUUCGAUCCAUGCCGAUCGCAACCAGCGCGAGCGUGAGGAUGCUCUUCGCGCAUUCCGCACCGGCAAGGCCCCUAUCCUCAUCGCCACCGGCGUCUCGGCUCGCGGUUGGGAUGUCAAGAAUGUCGUCCACGUCAUCAACUACGACCUUCCCAGCGCCAUGUACGGUGGCAUCUCCGAGUAUGUCCACCGCAUUGGCCGUACUGGUCGCAUCGGCCAUCAGGGUCUGGCCACUUCUUUCUACAACGACCGCGACGAGGACCUUGGUCAAGCCCUUGUCAAUAUCCUCGUCGAGUGCGAGUGCGAGGUGCCUGAGUUCCUGUCCCACCUGACUCCUGAGGAUGGCAACAUCCAGUUCGACGACGAUAGCGACGAUGAGGCCGAGGCAGGCGAUGGUGGUGCUUGGGGUGGUGCCGCUGAUGGCGAUGGUGAUGCUCCAGCUGCUGCUGGUUGGGGUUCUGCUGAGCCAGCUGCUCCUGCCGACGACGGCUUCACUGCCGACGCUGGCUUCACUCCUGCUGGUGGUGCUCCUCCAGCUGACGACGGUUGGUAA